AUGGAGAAGUCAAAUCUGGGGGUGACCCACACAGAAGAUCUUCCUAUUGAAGGCGAUGAGAAAUACAAUAUCAACGAAAUCACAGACAAGGCGAAGCAGGGCGCUGAGGCCGAGCAUAAUCUGGCUCCCCUCCAGGCCCUCCGCCUCUAUCCCAAAGCCAUCUUCUGGUGUCUAGUUGUGUCCGCCUGUGUCAUCAUGGAGGGCUACGACACCAAUCUCCUAGGCAACUUUUACGCAUAUCCCGAAUUUGCCAAGAAAUACGGCAAAUUCAACGAGGGUUCUGGCAACUACCAGCUUACGGCUCCUUGGCAGGCUGGCCUGGGCAAUGCUUCCGGCGUUGGCUCCUUCUUUGGCACGCUUCUCAAUGGCUAUCUCGUAAUGAAGUUUGGCCAUGUGCGAGUUAUCCUGGCCUCUCUUGUGGCGUUGAGCGCAUUUAUCUUCAUCGUCUUCUUUGCGCCAAACACCAAGGUUCUCCUGGUCGGUGAGCUUCUGUGUGGCCUUCCUUGGGGUAUCUUUGCCACGACUGCCCCGGCGUAUGCCUCCGAGGUUCUACCAAUGACUCUGCGAGUGUAUCUAACCAGCUGGACGAACAUGUGCUUUAUCAUUGGACAGCUUAUCUCAGCGGGCAUCAUGGCUGGCCUCGUCAACAACACAACUGAGUGGUCGUACAGAGUGCCUUUUGCCAUUCAAUGGUUUUGGCCAGUUGUUUUAUUCCCCAUCAUCUGGUUUGCUCCAGACUCGCCUUGGCAUCUCGUCCGCCAGGGACGUCACGAGGAGGCCAAGGAGUCGUUGAGAAAGCUACGCUCAAACCCUUCUGAAGAAGAGCUGCAGGAGAGCCUCAACUUAAUCAUCUACACCAACAACCUAGAGGAGCAGUUAGAGGUGGGCACAUCCUACUGGGACUGUUUCAAGGGCUUUGAACUUCGCCGAACAGAGAUUGCCUGCGUUGUGUUUGCCGGUCAAGUGCUCUCAGGCCUCAACUUUGCCUACAACUCGACCUACUUCUUCCAACAGGUUGGCCUCACCACAGCCCAGACCUACCACCUCAACGUCGGUGGAAACGGCAUGGCUCUGUUCGGCACCAUUGUUUCUUGGAUCUUCGUCAUGCCGUAUGUCGGACGCCGCACCGCGUAUGUCACUGGCAUGUUUAUCAUGUCAAUCAUUCUAAUCAUCAUUGGUGGCCUUAACGCCAAGACUAGUGACCACAGCAUCGGCAUGGCUCAGGCUGUGUUGACCCUCAUCUGGACUUUUGUCUUCCAGCUCUCCGCCGGACAGCUUGGCUGGGCAUUGCCAGCAGAGCUCGGGUCCACGCGCCUUCGUCAAAAGACUGUGUGUUUGGCUCGCAAUGCGUACGCUAUUACUAGUAUCAUCGCCGGCGUCCUGCAGCCGUACUUUAUGAACCCAACUGAGUGGAAUCUCAAGGGCUACACGGGCUUUGUUUGGGGAGGUACUGCCUUUAUCACCUUUAUUUGGGCGUACUUUCGGCUGCCAGAAUCCAAGGACCGAACUUAUGAGGAGUUGGAUAUUUUGUUUGCGAGAAGAGUGCCGGCGCGGAAAUUUGCGAGCUACAAGAUUGACGCUUUUCAGAACGAUGCUCUGCCAUGA